GAUGUCCUGAUUUUUACCUUUCGAAAACUCAUGUUUGUAUGCUAAACUCUACUUCAUAUACGAAUCUUCCACCUCUAAAGUCAAAACUUUCACCAAAAUCUUCUGAUAAAUUGUCAACUUUCUUUCUCAAUAUCCUUUCCACCAAACCUCAAAAUGCCUUCAGAGACUACUCCUCCUAAGCCCAGAAAGCGCAUCCACCUCAACUUCUUCGAAAACGCCUGCACAGGCUCCCACAUGUCUCCCGGACAAUGGCGCGACCCAGACGACAAAACCUACGGUAAAGACCGUCUCCCAUACUGGCUGAACCUCGCUCGUCUAGCUGAGGAGGGCAAAAUAAGCUUCAUCUUCUUCGCAGACUCGUAUUCCCUCUUCGACAUCUACCAAUCGUCCACUGCUCCCAUUCUCCGAGCCGGCGCCCAUUGUGCAGCUCUAGACCCCAUGAUCAUCAUUCCUGCUAUGGCGUCUGUGACGAAGAGUUUGGGUUUUGGGGUUACGGGGAGUACGAGUUAUUUGACGCCGUUUAUUCUGGCGAGGACGUUUAGUGCGUUGGAUCAUUUGACGGAGGGGAGGGUGGCUUGGAAUGUGGUGACGAGUUGGAGUAAAAGCGCGGCGUUGGCGCUGGGAGCUGAUGAUGUAGUGCCCCAUGAUGAGAGGUAUAAUGUUGCGCAUGAGUAUAUGGACUUGGUGUAUAAAUUCUGGGAGAGCUCGUGGGAAGAUGAUGCGAAGGUUUGGGAUCGGGAGAAUAGGAUGGCGUAUAAUCCUGACAAGGUGAAGAGAAUAGACCAUAAAGGGAAAUACCUGAAAUCAUCCUCUGCACAUCAAACUCAUCCAUCACCUCAAAGAACACCAGUUCUGUUCCAAGCAGGCACCUCCAAAAUGGGACGAGCAUUUGGAUCAAAACACGCAGAAGCCAUCUAUGUGGGUGGUCUCGUACCCUCGCAAACAGCAGGCUCAAUAGCACAAAUCCGCGCGGAUGCAGCAGCACAAGGUCGAGAUCCGCAGUCCAUAAAGUUCUUCGUUGGCAUAACUCCAAUUGUUGGGAAGACGCUUGAAGAAGCUCAAACUAAAUACGAACGAGCUCGACAAAAUGCGGAUAUCGUUGGUGGGCUGGCUCAAUUUUCAGGCUACACUGGCAUUGAUCUCAGCCGCUUCCCCCUCGAUGAAGUGUUCGAGCUGAAAGAUGCACCUGGAGAUGCGGCCACGCAUACAUUACUAAAGAACUUCAACAAGGCGACAGGAAACACUGACCCGUGGACGCCGAGAAGAUUAGGCGAGACAAUGGCUCUUGGAGAUUUCCAUCCUGCUCCUGUCGGUACUCCAGAGAUGGUUGCUGAUGUCUUUGAACAAUGGAUUAAUGAAGCAGAUGUCGAUGGAUUCAACAUUGCGUAUGUGACAAGUCCAGGAACCUUCGAGGAUGUGGUGUAUCUCCUUCGUCCAGAACUUGUCAAACGAGGCCUAAUGUGGAACGAUUACGAUGUCCCUGGUGGUACUCUGAGAGAGAAUCUGUAUGGAGUGGAGGGACAGAAGUAUCUGAGGGAUGAUCACUACGGCCACAAGUUCAGCUGUCGAAAGGAGAGAAACUGA